AUGAUAGUUAACAGCGGCACAGGUGCUGAUGGUCGUAGUGGCGGCGGCAUUGGCAGCGGCGGCAAUGGGGAAGAACAACAAGCGGCCUCGCUCAGUCACCCACGUCAAGGGUAUCAAAUGUCCAGCCCAUCCGUGUCUUCCACACCGCAAAGCCAGCCUCAUUCCUAUGGUCACGGAGCUGGACAGUCUUCACAGUCCUCGCACCACUACCAGCCGCAUCAGCACCCCUCCGGUCCUCAAUACCCACCCACGCACAGGGGCGUGCUCUAUUGUUCCACACGAGGGGGGUGUCGGGAUGUGACAUUUGAGGAGGUCGUCAUGGGCGGUCUGGCUCCCGACAAAGGACUGUAUGUGCCCCAGGAACUCCCUUACAUACCUCCUGAACAGCUUGAAAAGCUUCGUGACGCUUCUUUCGUGGAAUUGGCAAAUUACAUCAUGCGCCUUGUCGUCGGGCCUGAGGACAUCCCCCCGGAAAACUUGCGAGUCUUGAUCGAGUGCAGCACCAAAAAUUUCCGGGUGCACGAAGUGGCCCCUGUGCGGAAGGUGGGCCCCACUUGGGUGCUUGAGCUCUUCCACGGUCCCACAUUUGCGUUCAAGGACGUGGCAUUGCAGUUCCUCGGCAAUGUCUUCGAGUACUUCAUGGCGAAGAAGAAAGGCGACCCGGACGUAAAGCUGACGGUCUUGGGGGCCACAUCGGGGGACACAGGAUCGGCGGCGAUCGAAGGCUUGAGGGGUAAGAAGAAUGUGAAUGUCUUCGUGCUCUACCCCAAAGGAAGGGUGAGUGAGGUCCAGGAACGUCAGAUGACAACAGUCUUGGACAAGAACGUGCAUUGCAUCGCGGUUGAGAACGCCACCUUUGACGACUGCCAAAGCAUCAUCAAGUCCGCUUUCCAGGAUAAAGAGUUCCGCGAGAAAGUCUGUCUUGGGGCGGUCAAUUCGAUCAACUGGGCCCGGGUCCUGGCGCAGGUCACCUAUUAUUUCUUUGCCUACUUCCGCGUUUUGGCUCAAAACGAGCGGGCCAUGCGGAAAGAGCAGCAGCAGCAACAACAACAGCAACGGGAAGGUAAUGAGGGUGGGCGAGGAGGCGUCUCGCCGGUGACAGAGAGCAAAGCGACGGGGAGCGGCGGGUCUGGGAAGGACGGGGGUGCGUCGGAUGGAGAACGGCGUGAUGGACGAUUUGGAGCGGAUGAAAGCGCAGCAGGA